UCUCCCCCGGGGGCUCAGGAGGCCCGGCCAUGCCGCUCUCAAAGGACACCGUGCCCCUCGUGAAGGGGCCCCGCGCCCCACCGCGGGUCCGGCUGCCCUGGGUCCUGCCCAGCCUGUUUGCCGCCUUCAACGUCGUGCUGCUGGUCCUCUUCAGCGGCCUCUUCUUUGCUUUCCCCGUCCCAGCGCCCGCCGCCGUGCAGGACUUCGACCACCACUGCCUCUGGGUCAACAACUGCAUCGGGCACCGCAACUUCCGCUCCUUCCUGCUGCUCCUGCUCGGCCUGUGUCUGUACAGCGCCGCCCUGCUCGUCGCCUGCCUCGUCUUCCUCCUGCGCGCAGCCCACCUGCCCUUCUCCCUGGACAAGGCCAUGGCCAUCGUGGUGACCGUCCCCGCCGCGGGCUUUUUGGUGCCGCUCUUCCUCCUGCUGCUGACCCAGGCCAUGUCGGUGAGCUCGGCGGAGCGCUCUUACGAGGGCAAGAACCGCUACCUACAUGGAUACAACCCUUUUGACCACGGCUGUGCCAGCAACUGGUACCUAACAGUCUGUGCGCCACUGGGACCAAAGUACAUGGCCGAAGCGCUGUGGCUGCAGAGAGUGGUGAAGCCGGACUGGGUGCCCGUGCAGAACCCGCCUCUCACUGUCUGUCCCUCCGUGCCUGGCCGCCCAAUGCCCCCUGGUCCAGAGUCAGACCCCCUCCCACAACCUCUGGGUCUCUUCCAGCCAGGAAAGGGUCCCCCAGGGAGUGGCGAGGCGGCGGCGCUCCAGGAGCUGUUCCCCAGCCCGGUGCCGCCCCCGCUGCAGGAGCCUUCCAGACGGGUCUCGCUCUCCGGCUCGCCCCUGCGCAUCCCAAGGUGCCAGGAGCCCCUGCACCUGAGCCUCAGCUCCUGAGCCCGCCUGGAGGCGCCCUGCCUGCAGUCUGCUCCCUGGCGGAGCCAGCAGCGCCUCCCACAGGACAGCCUGGCCAUUAAACACUGCGUGCCCUGCC